AUGGCUGAGAGGUUUUUCGAAGAGAUGGUGAACAAGGGGAUUGUGCCCAAUGUUGUUACUUACAAUGUGAUGCUAAAUGGGAUCUGUAGGAGGGCUAGUUUGCAUCCGGAGGAGAGGUUCGAGAGGACAAUUAGAGAUGCAGAGAAGAUGUUUGGUGAAAUGCGGGAGAGAGGGGUAGAGCCAGAUGUGACUAGUUAUUCUGUUUUGCUUCAUGUUUAUAGUCGGAGCCAUAAACCAGAGUUAACACUUAGUAAGUUGAAGGAGAUGAUGGACAAAGGGAUAUACCCAACUGUGGCCACAUAUACCUCCGUUGUCAAGUGUCUUUGUUCUUGUGGGAGGCUUGAAGAUGCUGAGGCGUUGUUAAAUGCGAUGGUGGGUAAUGGGGUUAGUCCAUCGGCUGCUACUUAUAACUGUUUCUUUAAGGAGUACAGGGGAAGGAAGGAUGUGGAUAAUGCUCUGAAGUUGUAUAGGAAAAUGAAGGAAGAGUCUCCAUUUUUGCCAAGUAUGCACACGUACAACAUAUUGGUGGGGAUGUUUGUGAAGUUGAAUCGUAUGGAGAUUGUGAAAGAAAUUUGGGAUGACAUGAAGGCCAUUAGCGCUGGACCGGAUUUGGAUUCAUACACGUUGCUGAUUCAUGGACUGUGCGACAAACACAAGUGGAGAGAGGCUUGCCAGUUUUUCGUGGAGAUGAUAGAAAAUGGAAUCCUUCCUCAGAAGGUAACUUUUGAGACGCUAUAUCGUGGCUUAAUACAGUCUGAUAUGUUGAGAACUUGGAGAAGGUUGAAGAAAAAACUUGAGGAAGAAUCCAGAACCUUCAGUUCCGAAUUCGAACAUUAUCACUUGAAGCCCUACACGAGAUGA